AUAAACCCGUACUAAUUUCAGAUGUCGAAUUAUGGACUACUGGUCGGAUUUGUGAUUUUAGCACUAUUUUACAUCUCCUCAGUGCUUGUCUGCAAUUCAGAAAAUGUAAACAAAGCCACUUUGAAGUAAAUACAGUUGAAUCUCUACAAGUUUGCAAUUUAUUACUAGGGCUCGAGUUAAAGAGAUGUUUCUCCACGCAUAUAACAACUACAAGGAUAACGCUUUCCCUGCUGAUGAGCUAAUGCCUCUUACCUGUAAAGGUCGGUAUCGGUGGACAGGGGUUAACAGAGGUGACAUAGAUGAUGCAUUGGGGAAUUUUUCGCUAACGAUGCUUGACGGACUUGACAGCCUUUUUUUGAUUGGAGAGCUAGACGAGUUUGAAGUUGCUGUAAAGGCUGUAACGAGAACUGUGAGAUUUGAUUCUGACGUUGAUGUUUCAGUUUUUGAAACCAAUAUUCGCGUUCUCGGGUAUGUUUUCAGAUUUUUUGUCCCAGUUUUCCAGUAGUUUUUGAAAUUUACUAUCUGGUUCUAGUCCUCAAUUAUCAUUGACACUGCAAUUACUUUGGUUCAAAUUAUUUUUGUUUUUCCUUGAUGUGUUAAAAUGAAGUGUUACAAGUUGACCGAUUUACAUUUAUCCUACAUUCGACGUUUAACUGGUCCAACGAAGAUAGUGUUUUUAUUUCUCUAUUCAGUCUCUGUGUAUUCGCAAAUGUUAGCAACUCAGCAGCGUGAAGCUUUUUCAGGCGAUAUUAUAUCCAUGCUUGUAAAUUUCCGGGAAUUAUGUGUUAGACUAAAUGAUAUAGAAACUUUCACGCUCAUUACCAGCGGAAAUAAGACAAUACUAUUUUGUCAUGCGUUUAGUCAGUCACUACUAGAUUCACCGCUGUUAUUUUUUUUGAUCAUCUGUGUUGUAAAACAAUAGUUUACCUAACGAAUCUUAAUUUUUCGAGGUAAUAUUAGUCAGUCAAGUGCGACGUGAGACCUGGUACAUGUGUGCUUCUGCACUAUAAUUAAAAGUAAUUAAGUAAUUAAAAUGUUCAAAGUAUAAUUCACCAGGAUUUUUAGUUUUGCAUGUAUGCAUUCUAUAAAAUUCCUUUAGUUGUACGACGUUUUAGCAUUCUUUCCCGCAUGACAUUACGUUAUUUAGUAAUGUGUCUAAUUCGAUAGGUUUCCGAGAGUGACAUUCCGGUUUUUUACAUUCUAAUCUUAAUGAUUAAACGUACUGAACGGAACAUAAGAAUAUGACACUAUACUUCUUUUAGGAUACAACAUCACAGGUGUGGAUGCCGUUUUGAGUUGUUAAAGUUAAAAUAAACUAGCUAUGCAUUUGACAGUUCAAAAAUCUACAUUUAAAUAGUUUUGCAUUAUGCUGUUUAUACUUUCAUCUAUGCCCCAUAUUCAAACUAAGCGUCUGUCAUUACGAACACGGUUUGGUUUAAGCUGCAAAAUGUCUGUGGAAUUUUUUGAACAAGAAACUUUAGUCAUGUGAUCGCUAUACUACUUGUGUACUAGCACUAUCCAGAUCAAAAUUGACACUCCCCUUUAUCAUGUGUUAGAAAUUUACCAAAUAUAACGGCAUUAAUUACACUUCUCAUUAUUCGCAUCACAGAAAAGACUUGUUAUUUGAGAGUAUCUUGAAAAACUUGUCAAGACAGUGCUACAAAUUGAUAAAAGUGUUUCUUGUACAUUGGUAUAGAUUUUGAAAAAAAGCCUUUCAAGCACCGCAAGCGACAUUAUAAGAAUGUUCGAAAUGGAUGUUCUAUCCUCCUAGAUAUUGCGUUGCAUUAGGAAUAAUUUUCAUCAUUGAUUAACUGGACCACCCAUAAUCGGAAUCCCAUAAGUACGUUCAAAUGUUCAAAUUACUCUAUUACCGAUAUUUGAAAAUGAGGAACCACUCCAACUCUCACGAUGCGAAGUAAAAAUACAAAAGAGUGGCGCAAGGGAAUAUUUAUUCACUCAAAACAUGGCGAUUCUUAGCAAAAAUAUACUCAUUUAUGUAUUGAUUUUUAUACCAAUUUAAUAAAUAUGGGUAGGUUGCAAAUAUUUGACUUUUUCUGUCCUCGGCAUUGUCAUUGACUAUAAUUAAACCACUGAGUUAGCUCUUUCUUAUGUAGAUAUUUAUCCCGAAACGUCAAACACGUCAAUUAAUUUAUCUUCAUGAUUUUGCUGAAAAUAGUAAUUUAAUUGCCAUGAGUAGAAUAAACUCGACUUAAAGUUCAUAAUAGUCACCACAGAGAGAUGAGAUGUUAACCUACUCAAAUAUGGAAUGAUUUGUAUUCCAGUUAUGUCUUUUAAUUGUCAGCUGUUUGAAUGAGAGCUUUAGUAUUUAAUCAAUGUUGUUUAUAGCUCAGAAUAAGUGUAAAUGGUUCGUAGGGAAGCAUAGAGAUGUAGAUCAUCCUCGAACACUGUAUUGGUAUUGUCAUGGUCGGCUAAAGGAUAUAAGUUAAUUAUCUUAACCGUAACUUUCAAAAUUAAAUCAUUUAUGAUUGAAUUUUUACAGAUUUGCCACCUACUACUUAGCUAUUUAAAUUAUCAAAAAUCAUUUGUCUGUCACAUUCAAGUAUAGUGAAAAUGAUGCAGAGGUAUGGCUCAGUACGUGGCAAAUUUUAAACUUCUUUUCGAAUCCCACUACUCAUUCACUUGUUGUACCUCAGUCUACCACAUAAGAAUGUAAAUAUUUGCAUAGUUGUCUACAUAUUUUAUCCUAAAUUAUACCAUCAAGCUCAAAGACCACAACACCAAUAAUCGUCAUCCGGAGCUACAAAUAUUCUUUGUCAUCUCAGUAUAGUUUUCAUCUUACACAUUUGAAAUUUUCUUAUAACGAAUUUACUUUCAGUGGUUUGUUAGGAGCUCAUGUUGCUGUCAUGUCAAUCAAACAAAACAAUGACUCACGAAUGAAUUGGUAUAAGAACGAACUUUUAGAAAUGGCUGUUGAUAUUGGAAAUCGAUUAUUACCCGCUUUUGAUACACCAACUGGUAUCCCUUACCCUAGAAUUAAUCUUCGUCAUGGAUAUUCGGGUUUAACAAAACAAGAGGAGAAUACAUGCACUGCUUGCGCAGGUACAAUGAUCCUUGAAUUUGCUGCUUUAAGUCGAUUGACUGGAAAUCCAAUUUAUGAAGAAAAAGCAGCCAAAGCAAUGGCAUUCUUAUGGAAACAACGUAAUCGUUUCUCAGAUCUUGUUGGUCGUGUAAUCAAUGUACGCAAUGGAGAUUGGAUUCGUCAAGAAUCUGGUGUUGGUGCAGGUAUUGAUUCAUAUUAUGAAUAUUUAUUAAAAGCCUAUAUAUUACUUGGUGAACCAGUAUAUUUACAUCGUUUUCAAACACAUUAUGAAGCAGUGAAUCGAUAUGUUAGUGGUCCACAAUCCGCAGAAUUUCCUUUUCUAUUUUUGGAUGUACAUAUGCAUCGACCAGCACAACGUGCACGUACAUUUAUGGAUGCUUUAUUAGCUUUUUGGCCUGGUAUUCAAGUUCUUACAGGUGAUGUAAAACGUGCAGUUGUAUUACAUGAAUUAUUAUAUUUAAUACAUAAACGUAAUAAAUUAUUACCUGAAGCAUUUACACCAGAUUUUAAUGUACAUUGGGGUCAACAUUUACUUAGACCUGAAUUAAUUGAAUCUACUUAUUUAUUAUAUCGUGCUACGGAAGAUCCAUAUUAUUUAAAAGUUGGUGAACAAAUUGUUAAUGAUUUAGAAAAGUAUACACGUGUACCAUGUGGGUUUGCAGCAAUUAAGGAUGUACGUACUAUGGAACAUGUAGAUCAAUUCGAUUCGUUUGUUCUUGCUGAAACAUUUAAAUACUUGUACUUAUUAUUUGCUGAACCAUCUGAUAUUCCAAUCAAUGUAGAUGAUUAUAUAUUUACUACAGAAGCACAUCUUUUACCAUUAAGUUUAUCUCGUCAACGUUAUUCCAUUCAGAAUGUAUUCCAUACUAGGAUUCCUAAUGUUUCUUCGGUAUUCAUAAAGACAUCACAAUAUAAUGUUAAUAGUUCAAUCCUACCACAAUCAUCAUCAACUUCAAACGUUGAAUCAUCUUUUGUCAGAUCAAUAUCAGAUCAUCAUGGUGAUCGAGAUCUUAAAAUUGAAAAAUUAUUACAUAAUGCAGCUCAAUGUAUUGCUGUAGGAUAUGAGCAUCGAAAUCCUAUAAAAUGUAAUUUAGAUACUUCUAUGACAAAGAAUGAUCCUACUACUACUACUGGUAAUGUAGAUAAUGAUUAUCUUGUUAGUAACCAUAUGGGUUCAACAUGUGAUAUAUCAGAAGCGCCUGGUUACUAUUAUGGUCAUUAUCUAAGAAAAUUACCAAAAUGUAAUGAUUCUGAUAGAAUUUUAUCAAAAUCAUAUAUAUGGAAUAUGAUUGAUACUAUUCGACAACCAGUACGUCAAAUAGCUAUUAAUCUUGAUCGAUCAAUAAAUGAUUUCACUGUCGGUGUUCCUCCUCAUCAUCAUAAAUAUACAAAAACAUCAUCAUCACCAUUACCAUUAAGAGCAAUUGAUUUUCAACCUGAUAAUGCAUUACAUUUGAAUAUAUUGAAAAGUAUGGGUAUAUCAAUGUCAUUUAAUCAAGAUGGUAGAUUAACUUUAACACAUCAUCAUAAUGCUGCUGAUAGUAUUGACUCAGCGACUGCAGGAGUUAUUUUCAUACAGGAAUUGAUCAAUUUAGCAAAUCAGAAACAAAGUUUAGUUGAUCUUCCUGUACAGAAUCGUUAUGUCGUUGUAAUUGAUCCGCCAAGUUAUGGUUUUAUUAAAUUUUCUGCCUGCCCUGCACAUUUUGGUUUAUUCCCUGGAGAAGAAUCAAUACAAGGAAAAGAGGAACAACAACAGAAGGAAGCAGGGACUAAGGAUUCGAACACGUUUGAAAAUCAAGCAAAGCAACAACAAUCAUCAUUUUCAUCGUCAUCUUCUGCAAAUCCCAAAGAGCGUCGUUGGAAACCUUUAGUUGGUCCUGUACGUGUUGUUUAUCCAAUGGAUGCAUGUCAACCUAUUAUGCAAGAAGCUUAUGCUUAUCCAUCUGUUGAUCUUCAAUGGAAUCAGAAUUCUACAGAAUCAUUAAAUUCCUCAAUCUUUAAUAGCUCAAAAAUUAUGCAGCAAAGUAAAGGAUCUAUUUCAGGUGCUAUUGGUAUUGUACGUCGAGGUGGCUGUGUUUUUGUUGAGAAAGCUUAUCAUUUAGCUCAAGCUGGUGCUAUUGGUGUUAUUAUAGUUGAUAAUAAACCGGAUACAUCAAGUGAAAUUGGUCCAUUAUUUGCAUUAUCUGGUGAUGAUGAUGAACUUAACAAAAAAAUUCAUAUCCCUAUUGUUUUAUUACUGAGUGUUGAACGUGAUCAACUUUUAAAUUUAAUGCGAUCCCAUUGGAAUCAAACAAAUCAACCAUUGAAUAUAAUGUUAACUAAAGAAUAUGAUGUUGCAGAAUCCUUCAAUUCAGCAUUAUCGAUAAGUAGAGUAAACAAUGCGGGAAAACAUACUGAAUCCAAUGAAUUAACUCAAUAUCAAUUAAUCAGUAAUUUAUAUCAACAAUCUAUAUAUUCACCAAUAAUAAGUAAUAUAUUAUGUUUUCAUCAAAUUUCUCAAUCAAUUAAUCUUACUAUUAUACAUAAUUCUAUCAUGAAUCUCAAGGAUAUUCCUACUUCAAUGAUACAUAAUGAAGAGAAUACAGCUAAGAAUCUAUGGUCAUUUACAUUUCAUAUGAGUCAUGAUGAAUUGUCUAGUUAUUUUUUACCUACUACUAUCAAUACUACUGAUAAUACUACUAAUAGUAGUACUACUACUAAUAGUAAUGAUAGUAAUAAUAAAGAUCAAAUAUCCAAUACUAUCCAAUCUAGUAAUAUUAAUGAAAUUAUUAAAGGAUCACCAAAAGAAAUUUCUAUAUGGAGGGAUUUAUUUGUUAUGACAUUAAAGCAAAUCGGGAUUAAUAAUGAUUGUUAUCAUUUAAUUUUGGCAUUUAUUCAAAUUACUUUACAUAAAUUAUCUCCAAUGGAUUCAUUUCAUUAUACUAAUAAAACAAUCAAUGUAUCCAUAGAAUAUUAUCACUUAGUAACUAAUUGUUUUAUACAAAUGGUUCAUUUAUGCAAUAAAUCAGUAAAACAUAAUGAUUAUUAUUAUAAUGAUAAUAAUCAACCUUUUAAAACUGUGAUCACUUUACAAUUGGGCUUUCAAUUAAUACCAUCAUCAUCAUCACCAUCGACAACGUCGACGACGACGACGGAGACGACAACAACACAUCCUCAUUAUCAUCAUUUAUCUUCAAUGAUUUCAUCUAACAUAAUUAACUCUUCUACUAUUCUUAAUCAAACUGAUAAUUCCCUUAAAAAAUCUUCAUUAUAUAAUGAUGAAUUGUAAGAUUAUAUUACUUCUACUUUUUUUCUUCUGUUUUUCUUUUUCAUUUUCUUCUUCUUUUUAUUUGUAUUGUUUUGAUUAUUGUAAAGAAAACUUGACUGUUGCCAUUACUACUACUACUCCUCUUCCUCCUCCUCCUCCUCCUCCUCCUCCUCCUACUACUACUACUACUACUACUACUACUACUACUACUACUACUACUACUACUACUACUACUACUACUACUACUACUACUACUACUACUACUACUACUACUACUACUACUACUCUUACUACUACUUGUAUUACUGCUGAUAGAUGAGGUAUUUUUGGUUUGUAAGAAAGACAAACUUCUUGUGUAUUUGAUUAUGUUCAAUAUACUUCUCAUCUAUUGUUG